CCCCUUUGUAACCAUGCAGGAUUACCUGGUAUAAAUUAAUGAGACUGUCGAUGUAGGCAAGAUUGUGAUUGGGUUUACAGAGCCUACUUCCAUUAUGGAAAUGUUUGUGUUACCUUUAUAUGGGGUGUACACGGCAUUGUUUGGUCUCUACAUGUACCUUCAGAUUCACCAACAAGGGCGGCGGCGCUGUUAUCAGUUCUCGCUCUCCCUUCUCUAUAUCUUGGCUUCAACAGCUGUGGUCAUUUCAAUCUUGAUUGGAAACCAAAUGACUUUGUUUAUACUUGAUGCCAUCUUCACCAAAGACAUUGAUAGCCCACUCACAGCCUUCCAUUUCAACUCCUAUGCAAAUCUAGUUGUUGCAGCAGAAGGCAUCUAUGUAGCAGCAAAUUUUAUAGCAGAUGCUCUACUAGUGUAUCGCUGCUAUGCCAUGUGGAGUUCAAGAACGUAUGUUAUUUCAGGACUGAUUAUCAUUUCUCUGGUCAAUACUGCUGUUGCCAUUUUUGCAACAGUUCUUACAAAAGACAACAUAGCCAACUUACUGACAACCAAAGGAAACAGUAUAUCAAUCCAAGUGGCAGAUACAAUCAUUUCCUAUGCCUUUUUGUCAGUGAACCUGUUCACAAAUCUGCUAUUGACCGGCCUAAUUGCUGGAAGAAUUUGGUGGAUGGGUCGAGCUAUUCAACGGUCACUAACAACUGCCAAUCAUGAGACGGAUUUGAACACCAUGGUGGCUAUAAUACUGGAAUCAGGCUUACUUUAUCCUAUUGCCCUAAUUAUCUGUCUUGCUCUAUCUGUCUAUGAAGGAACAGUGGAAACAUUUUCCUUACUCACAUUGAUAGUGGGAAUUGCUGCAACUCUUAUAAUAGUCCGGACUGAUUUGAAAAUAAGCAUUGAAAAUGCCUAUUGCCCUGGUGUCACAGAAAGUUUGGCAGAUGAAGAAGAAAUUCCAUAUGAUCUUGUAGCCAUACACACCAGGCCUCAACCAUACAUGCUACAUAAGGAAAAUCAUUUUAAGCCUGUAAAAAUGGGGCAACACAUUUGA